CUUUUAGUGAAUUAGAUAUACCACUACCGCUAGUAAUGGGUUUAACGCUAUUAUGUGUUAUGUGUUUAUACGCCGAUUAUUAUGUGUGGACAACAAUCAGGGCAUUGAAAGCAUCGAAACUUACCAUUGAAUCCGAUGUCAAACAUUUGGCUCAACAAAUGAAUGCACAGAAUAUUAGAUGUUCAGCGAGUGAUUCCUCUUCAAGUACUUCAUCGAUCGGAUCCCACAUUCAAUUGACCACUAAUUCAGACAAAACCAGAGAUGAGAUCAAUAUUCAGAAAAUGGCUUUGGUUAUAGAGAAUGAGUUAUCGUUGACAGCACUCGAAGACAUCAGACAAUUGGCCGAAGACUCGGAUGACAGCCUUAGCCAAUCGUUGACUUACGAGUCUAUCAUUGAGUCGUUUGUCCGCCAAAAGUCAUUCAAAUGCAAUUACGAUGAAUGCGACAAAGGGUUCGCCACUCAAAGGGCAUUGGAUUCGCAUAUAAGCCGAAGACAUGCCAUCGAUGGCAGCGCACAGUCCGGGGAACCGAUCGACAGAUCAUCUCAUGUCAGAAACCAAUCAUUGGGUGAAGCACUCAAUGGUAUACAACAGAUACCAGUCAUCAGUACUACUGACACUUCACCGCCGCUGAUAAUAACGACAAUCACUACUACUUCCAGUGCUGAGAGACAAUCGGUGGACAACACUUGCGAUACUGCUUCCCCCGAUGGCCACCAACUGAGACCAACAAUCACUACCACUAGUCAUACAUUUCCAUCGAUAACAAGCACUUCCGAUACCAAAGAUCAGUCCCAGAGCUCAACAAUCAGUACAACAUUUCCUUCAUUUCCAGACAUAAUAACCACAACCACUGCUACUUCCAGUGCCGACAGACAAUCGGUGGACAAUAACAGUUCUUCAGCCGAUAUCGAAGACCAAUCGUUGACGACAUUAUUUGAUGUCAUUUAUCAGACUUUAAACGCGACAACAGAUGUGCCAUCACUGCCACAAACAGUGACCACUUCCAGCGCCGACAGCCAAUUGGUGGACAUUACUAGCGAUAAUGAUUCGGACUCUGAUAUCGAACUCAUUGGUAGAGUUCCGGCGCCCAAACGGCCCGCACGUAACCGAUCGCCCGGAUUAGCUCAUCGCCAGCGCCCGUCAACUUGUGACAAUAAGCCCAAACGGCCCGCACGUAACCGAUCGCCCGUUGAUAUCAAGCCAUCGCUCAUAGACUCCAUACCUCUGGUGCCGGAAAUAGUCAACAAAGCGCCCGAAGCGGUCAUAACGUUGACGGGCGCUGGCGAUGAGCUAAUCCGGGAUUUCGCGCCCGGCAUACGAGUGCUUAGGAAGCGUAAGGCACCCGUAGAUCCACGUCUGGCCGCUAAAACCACCAGGAUAACUCCGCCAAACCUGAACCCGUGUCCGUACGUUGGCUGCCGCCAGACAUUUAGCACCCAAUCAUUACUGUCCACUCAUAUGCGGUCCGUCCACAAAGAGUACUGGAGGGCCGGUCAGCGCUUUCCGUGCGAUAAAUGUCACCUCAAGUAUAGCACAGGACUCGCCCUCGACAGCCAUCAAGAGUUGGCGCACCCAAAGCCCACGCCUACCACUGAGACACCCUCACCAGACCUGAUCCCAUGCUUUUACGUAAGCUGCUGCCAGACAUUUAGGACCCGAUCAUUACUGUCCGAACAUAUGCUUUACGUCCACAACGAGCAGUGGUCGGCCGAUCAGCGCUUUCCGUGCAAUAAAUGUCACCUCAAGUAUAGCACAGGACUCGCCCUCGACAGCCAUCAAUCGGUGGCGCACCCGAAGCCCACGCCCACCAUCACUGAGAAAGCCUCACCAGACCUGAUCCCGUGUCCAUACAUUGUCUGUCAUCUGACAUUCACAAGGCAACCAUUACUCAUAUCUCAUCUACAGUCCACUCACUCGAAGGAGCGGUGGUCGGCCGGUCAGCCGGCGGCCGUGCGGUGCCAUAUAUGCGACAUCAAGUAUACGACACUACUGGCCCUCAACCGGCACCAGGCGUCGGCACACCCGGCGUCUACUCCAGUGCCCACACCUGUGCACCCAAUGCCACCCGAACUCAUAGUGUCCAACAAUUAUAAGAUUGGCUUCACGUGUGAGAAAUGUCAUAAGCAUUUCAAUAGGAUUGUGCCGCUUAUGGACCACCAGCGCAAAGAGCACCCGCCGGUGCGGCCACUGCCGGUCAAACCGAGGCCCAGUCCCGGCCGACACAUACCCUGUGACGCGUGCGGCAAAUGUUUUGGCACCGACUCCGCCCUUCAGAUGCAUAAAACGGCUAAAAAUCAU